GGUUUUGACGGCUAGUUAGCGUUAGCACUUAGCUUUAACCGGUUUGCUAUUAGUCUUAUGAAGUUAAAAAGAAAAUAAUCAAUAUCACUGCGACUGGUUGAUUAUGAGAAUGGCGGCGAUCCGUAAGAAGCUGGUGAUCGUGGGAGACGGUGCCUGUGGGAAGACGUGUUUACUGAUCGUGUUCAGUAAGGACCAGUUCCCCGAGGUUUACGUUCCCACCGUGUUCGAGAACUACGUGGCCGACAUCGAGGUGGAUGGAAAACAGGUGGAGUUGGCGCUGUGGGAUACGGCGGGUCAGGAGGAUUACGACCGUCUGAGGCCGCUCUCGUACCCCGACACCGACGUCAUCCUCAUGUGCUUCUCUAUAGACAGUCCUGACAGCCUGGAGAAUAUUCCGGAGAAGUGGACGCCGGAGGUGAAGCACUUCUGUCCCAACGUUCCCAUCAUCCUCGUGGGUAACAAGAAGGACCUGAGGAACGACGAGCACACGCGGCGAGAACUCGCCAAAAUGAAACAGGUGCCGGUGAGACCAGAUGAAGCCCGCGACAUGGCGAUCCGAAUCGACGCCUUCGCUUACGUGGAAUGCUCGGCCAAGACCAAGGACUGUGUGAGGGACGUGUUCGAAACGGCCACCAAGGCGGCGCUGCAGGCCAAGAAACGUGGAAAGAACAACCGCUGCCUGUUAGUAUAGAGAGGAGCAGAACUCGCCCCGCGGCCGGGCUGAGCGACUUACCUGGACUGUCAUGGAGCCAUGAAAGGGGGGUGGGUGGGUGGUGCAGGGUGGUGGGGAUGCAUAACAGCUGGGUUUGAAUCCCCUUCUUACCAAACGUUUAAAAAUGGAACAUUUAACUUUACUCCUCCGUCUGUACGUUAUAGCUAAUGAACUCUUUCUGUACCCCGUUAAUGAGUGAGCAAAACAGCUUUGUACGGCAUAGCUGUGACGCCACAUGCUAAACAUCAGGAGCCCUGGCGGACGGGCGGAGUCCCUGUUCAGGCAUUAAAUACGUUAUAUAACUAAAUUUUUAAGCCUUUUUAAGCUCUUUGGACUUUUUUUCUCUGAGGGGGGGGUUUAUAUAUAGUAUUUUCUGUAAGGGGUGUAAGAUUGUAUGAAGUACCUCUGAGGAUUUGAGGUUGUGGGGGUCAUAAAGUCUGUAUUUUAAAGUUUGAUUAAAAAUGUUUUAUAGAUGUGUGAGCGUGCAUGUGUGUGUAUGAGUGUAGGUGUGUGUGUACUGUGUUUACUGGACAGGAACGUAUAGCUAUUUUUGUUUAAAAUCAAAUGUUACCUUAAAAAAGGAUUCUUUGUAAACUUUUGUUUUUUACUUUCACACUUUAUGUAAAAAAUAAAGAAUUAAAAUCA